CAUUUUUUAAAACAAAAAUGUAAAAAAUGUAGAUCAAACGAACUGUUUAUUUUUUGUUUAUUUUUAAAUUUUCUCUUGAGUUAUGUCUUACUUUGGCAAGCCAGCUUCCUUUGAGAGCCAUAGGAGAAGUAAGUGUUAUUUUCUAUAGUUUCAUUUGGUUUAUUUCGCCUGCAGAAAAAGUCGUUCAAUAUACAGCGUCUGUUGCUUUGCAACAAAGUCGUUUACAUGUAAAGUGGUAACUCGAAAAGUCAGACAUGUGCGUUUGUAAUUGUGUUUUGUUGUCUUUUAGCUGCGACGUUUACGUUUAAAAAGAGAACUGAGAGAGUUGACUGGCGAAAGUUGGGUAGGGGUGGUCAUUUUAUUUUAUUUUACAACGAAUGAUAUGAUAAUGAAAGUGCAGUAUUCCACUUUAUAAAAAUAGUGCAGGGUUUGUCAUUUGCACAUGGCAAUGCGAGCUGUCCCCCCCCAUUGUUGGCAAUACACCCUUGGGGAAAGUAUGUAUAAAAGUACAUGAUUGUUUUUAACUAAUGUCAUAUACAAAAAAAAACAAGCCUCUAUAGCCGCCAAAGUGACAUGCAGCAUUCCGGAAGGGUUUACUGUCACAGACUGCAAAUUAUCAUGUGACUGGUGCACAAUACACCCUUUCGAUAAUUAUGUCACACACAAUUUUGGUCUUGGAGCCUCACUCUCAUUAGUAAAUUAUGCAAGGUGAUUGGCUCAUGAUUCAUGAGAGCGAGCUGGCUCCCAGGCCAAAUGACGUAAUUAUCGAAAGGGUGUAAUUUGAUUAACCUUGCACUUAAUAAUUCAUAUUUGUAGUCAGAGGUCUCUAGUGUAAAAUUACACUAAAACUGCAGAUACUUCCUUUUGCCCCCAAAAAUGUGUCGUGUUUUUGGGUUGGACAUUCAGGAAUCUGACCACAUUCCUAUGCCUAUUAUUGCUAGAAUGUCAAACUAUUAUUAGCCAGCCUCAAAAUAAUUUCUUACAGACCCAUCAGAUUUUGCCAUUCCUAAGGUGAUGAUUUCAUCAUGACAUAUAAUAGCCACAUUCCUGAAAGUUUUGACAGGAAAACAUGUCACUUUCUGAGUGAAAGGAAGCACCAAUGGUUUUCGUAACACUUUGAACAGGAUAACAAUGUUGGUGCAGUUGUCAUGUCACAUUUUAAGUUCUUUGUAGGUUUGCAUGUAGGUUUGUAGGUGAUAAAACAAUUCCACAAACAAUAGUAUUAUAUGUCACAUUUUGUUGUCAGGUGACCAGUCAAGUCUGACAGAGACAUGACUGGUUGUAUGGAAAGCAUCUGUUCUUAGUCUUAGUCUACAGUAAAUAGUGAGUGAUUUUUUCAAUACAGCUGCAGUUGAUGUCAACAGAAUUGCAAGAGAACUCGAUUUUAAAAGUCUGCAGGAAAACAUCAUGAACAUAACAUUCUGCAACAUUGAAGCUGAAAUGGUGAGACUAUACAGUUAAAAUUAUAAGAUUAGCUAGUACAUAAUUGUGUACUGUGUAACACCUUUUUAAAAUUUUGAAGUAAUAUUCAAAUUAAUUUUAUAUCAUUUUUAACAGGAUUCUCAUCUCGUUGAUCCAAAUUUUGUAAAAUUGUUCCAACUCUCACAACUUAUUAUUGAAUAUUUGAUGGUUAGUGGAAUUAAAAAUAUAGUGAUUUGAUUGGCAUUUGACAAAUUAUCGCAAUUAACCUUAAUCCAUUUAUGUGGUGUUACAGCUGUAACGAUUUUUUUUUCUAAUCUAAAGCAUUCUCAGCAAUUUCUUCAGUCAAAAAUCAAUGAAAUGGAAAACAUGCUGAAAGAGAGUGCACAGGUACUACCCUUUCUUGUAAUUAUUAAUUGUACAAUAUAUACUGCAUAGAUACUGUACAUAACUAAAUGAUUAGGUGUUAGAGAGCUUAGCAACAAGUAGGUUGGAUUUUGGUGGAAAUGGUGGGGGAGGUGGGAAAAAAUUAAGGGAGGUGCAGUGGUCUAGUUCAUGGCCCCCAUAGAACAUAAAGUCAACUACGUGGUGUAUGCAUGUACUCAGCCCUUCAGGUAUCCGUUUGAAGUCCUGGCUAAUAAUAAUUUGGGUAUGGCCAAUACUGUUUUGCUCUACUGAGGCUCCGGCUAUUAAUUGAUGAGCAAAGUGAGUAUGCAAAGAAUGGGAGGUCGAAGCUUCAAGGGUGCUGUGAGUUGAGUGGUGGGCAAAGGGAAGACUGCAAGUACCGGCGAAUUACACACAGCCUCUGGCGAAUGGCUGUCACAUGUCUUCUUAGCGCUGGCGAAAUUCGCCGUUCGCCGGCCUAAACCAAGACGGGUGAUGUACUGUACAUAUGUAUCAGUGUAUUUAUGAAUUUUACAAGAGGAGGUGCAUGACUUUUCAGAGGAGGUGAAAAAAUUUCAGGGGAGGUGCAAAACAAUCUCAGGGGAUAUGCGCACCUCCCUCAAGGUGCGCACCUGGAGCCCCUCAAUAUCCAGAAGUAUUAAAAAUUCAAGCCGUUAUAGAUGGUGACAGCCGUUCUUGUUUGAAAUCAUGAACGUGAAACUUUAUUCAAUUUGACAGGUGUUCUUCAUUUCAAGCACAAACUGCUGAUGCCAUAAUUUAAUUAUGUAUGUGUGACGUCCAUCAGUUGUCAAAACGUCGCUUGCUUGAGCUCUCUAUUAAUAAGAGUUUCUGAAUGCAUAAUGUUUCAUUCCUAGGGCCUGGAGAUGAAAAACAAGGAGCUUGAAGACAGACAAAAUACUGUAAAUCAUUUAAAGAAAGAAAAUCGUAAGGCUCGUAAAAUGCUUGCAGAAUAUCAAUUGAUGAUGAGAACAGGAGCCAGUGGGAUGCACAAGGUAAGCGUGGGAUGUUGUGGGAUAAAAACACAUGUGGUGAAGGCCGUUCAUCAGUUAAUCUGAGUAAGAUUUUUGAAUUUUUUCCUUAGUGUCCAUUUUGUCCAAAAGUGUUUGUCAGCAAUGAUUAUUUAUUGGCACAUCUUCAACGUCGUCAUGCGGAACAGAAUGGUCAAUUAAUGAAUGGUUUUACUGGACAAGCAAUGAAGGAAUCACGACAUGCAAGAGAGAAUGACACAGCAAUCAAUGGAGAGUUAUUACAAGAGAUGAAGGAUAUAAAAGAGAGAUUAGCUUCCACUGAACGACAACUUCAGCAAGAAAAGAAUGAACAACUACCCGAGGUUAUUAAAUAUAUAGUGAUAUAUUUUAACGAUGUUCAUCAGAAGAGUUUUCAUGAAGUACAGGAAGGUGCAUGUUGUAUACAUGCAGGGCUGUAGAGAGGGGGGGCAACUGCCUCCCCUAGAGAAAACUAUAUUUAUGAUUUUCAGAAUGACAUCAUUAAUUAUUCUUUGGAUAUUUGGGACUUUUUUCUGCAUAUAGGCCUUUUCCCCCCCUGGUGGAAAAAUCCUGUGUACGGGCCCUGUAUACUUGGUGUAAAAGUUGACUUGACUCAUUGAAUGCCGUCUGGUGCUCUCUUCUUGACAAGUAAAAUUGUCCGACAUUAAUUAUUAGACAGCUAAGUUGGGCGCAACUCAAUGGGUUAAAUAUUAACUACAAAAUGAUAGUUAAAAAUUAACAAAAUGAACGCACUUAAUUACUUGGUUAAUCAGCUACUGUUCCCCACUACAACGGACUAUUUAAAUUGCUUAAUACCCUAUAGUUAUUUAAAGCCAAAUACCUUACAUCAGAUCAGAUCAGAUCACAUGAAGUAAGUCUGUUGUAUGUUUCAGUCUAUCUGACAUUUCUUUCAUCCUUUUGUGAGUCUAGAAAGAAGACAAAGAGAUGCAUAAAAUCAAAGAACUUGAAGAGAGAUAUGCUCAGUGGAAAGAAGAAGAACAACAGCGACAAGUGGUAAUUCAAGUCAAGUGACUUUUGUACCCAAGAUGUUUAGCCAUUACUCAUUAGGCAAUUGUAUGGGUAUAAAUGUGAUUGAUCAAUCAGUCAAUCUAUUUAGAGUGGUCAAAUGCACUUAGCUAAUCCAGCUAGUUUACAGGACAUGCCACUAUUUAGUUAGAUAUAGUCUACUCUGUUAUAAAUACUAUUGUAUUACCUUGUUUGAAAUCUGUCCAAUAUAUACAGUAUGAAUAAGUACUGUAUAAUUGUGCAAUAAAGUUAAAAGUUAGUCAUACCGUAUUAUUUUCAGCAUGAAAUGAGAGAGUUCAAAGAAUCUGUGAUGCUUGAGUUAAAACAGGUUCAUGACGAAAAGAACACUUUGGAACAGGUAUGAAUUUUCACUUUUAACUUUGAAUGAAACUGUGUUAUAAUUGUAUAUUUCUUCUGCAUUAAAUAAUCAAGAUAUUGUUUGUCCCCUUCUUAGAAAAUUGUUGAUCUUCAACAGAGAUCAGGUAAGUUUCCACACAAAUUGGCUGCGGUUAACUACUUUAAUUGACACGUGUUCUCAGAUAUUAUUUCUAUCAGUUUCGUGAAUUUAAGUAUUUGUCAUUUUAUUUCUAUAGAACGGCAGUCAUUAGUUCGUGGAAUUCGGGUAUGUUUUCUGGUUUUCUAUAUUAGGUAGUAUCUUCAUAUUGCCUUCUCUCAUUGAUCUUGACCCAAUCACAAUCCGCAUUUCCCUAACCUAAAGUCCCAUUUCCACUCGAGAAAAUUUUCCAUAGACAGAAAAUUUUCCGAAAAUAUCAUUCUUAAAAGUUGAAAAUUUCCAACUUUAAAAUAUUUUUCCGAUGGAAAAUUUGUGGUGGCCAAUCACAUUUUACAAAAUUUUCUUUCUGCGGAAAAUUUUUCUGAGUGGAAAUGGGCCUUAAUCCUCGAACCAUGAUUGUAUUUUCCAAACGAGAAUGUCUUAUUAUUAUGAUAUUAUCAGAAAAAUAAAGAAACAGAAAAAUAUUAAAAGGGCAUGAAUGAGUUUAUUUGGUAUAAAAAUGGCCACUGAUUUCUUGAGUGUAGGAUGAAGACGAAACAGAUGCGCCUUCGAGUAAACAAAGAAAUGACAUGGAAGUCAUUCGAAGAGAACUGCACGAAGAAGUAAGAAUUAUUUGUGUAGCAUAAAUAUAGUUGAGUUUGAAAAUAUCGGCAGCUUUACGCUAUCUGGCAUUACCGGCACAUCCUAACUGAUGAGAUUCAUCUGAAGCGCGAUUAUUGCUGAUUGAAACUUGUGCUGUCUAAUACCCUGCAGACAGCCAGAAAUAUGGCCGGUUGUACAAUUUUCUCCGUCUUUCAAAAAGACUCUCAUUAACUAACUAAAUUAACUAGUUCAUUGGACGGAUAUUUUAUUUAUUUAUUUACUUUGCCAUCAUACUUAUACAUUUAUUGACUGGGAAACCACAACAGCUAUUGCCAAUUACAGCGGCCCCAAUAGUUAUACAGAAACAAUUUACAACGUAUACUAAACACACACAACAGACAAUACUUGAACAACAGUCAUUACAUUUGUCUAAAAGCAGCAUGUCAAUGGAGAGUUCAUUAAACUUCGAGCGGAAUUACAUUUUAUACACACACUUUUCCAUGUCCGCGGGGAUGUAAUUGGAUAAUCAUUAUUAAUCGGGAUUUUAUUAAAUUUUUAUUUUGAAUUGGAAAAUCGGUCCAAUGAAGGACCAAGAAAAAUUGCACAUCCGGCCAUAUAGGCCGUCUGGCGGGGUAUUGGUAUAAGUUUUCAAUCAGCAAUAAUCGCGCCUCGGAUGAACCUCAUCGGCUACGAUAAUGCCACUGCGCAAAGCUACCGAAUAUUAUCAAAAAAUAGUUGUUAUACGACCAACAUGUGCGUGAUGCUUGUGGGACGUGCUUGUGUGUCAUUAGCAUAUGCGCGCGCAUUCUUUUAUGACAUUACUAAGAAAAAACGUUUCAAAUGGUGGUUUUGUGAUUUUUACACUCAGGUGAACAGUAUUCAAACACAUGCCGAGGGAGAAAUGAAAAGAUUGUCAGAUAAAUGGAGAAAAAAAGAGAUGAAGAUGAAGAAAGAUAAUGAAGUGGAGAAAGAAAAAGUGAGAAACAAAAAAUGUUCAAAUAUCAGGAUUUUUUGGGCUUUGUAGGGUUUUGUAGAUGGAAAUUUCGUGUGUGAUUUUUAUACAUUUAUUAGAUCUAACCAGGCGCAGAUGCGAAAAAUUAAACUAUGGGCCCUCUGGCUGGAAUCGAAUCUACGGCCCUACGAUUCCGGUGCAACGCCGCCCUAUGAAUGCCCAACUUCGUAUUUGUCCGCGCGGGACGAGUGAACAUCCAGUUUUAAGCAAUGGUUUUAACACGCUUUUUACGUGUCGAAUGUGACAGAUUUUAUUCUGUUUUGGUGUUUGGGUACGCUAUGAAAGUUGAACCACAUUCAAUGCUCUUGGCAUGCUCGCGGGAGAGAUAACAUAUGCGACUUGAAUAUACAUCGAAGAGUGAAGCGAUCGUGAGAGGCCUUCGGGCCUUAUAAUAGACUGAUCCUAACUCUAACCCUGACUCUAAACCUAAUUACUCUAUAACUCUAAUCCAUCUCGUUCCCAAGGCUUCAGCCGGGAAGCCCUGGGAACGAGGAUGACUCUAAUCCUAACAAAAUCCUAACGGUCUGGCCCCAGUCCUCUUUCAUAGUACACCAAAAUUUUUGUGACGUCAUUUUGGAAUAAAUUUUUGAGAAGUUACUCAUUCAGUAUCUUAUUACUCAAAAUUGCUCCAUAUUUCCAUAUGUCUUAUUACUCCAUAUUGCUUCAUUUUUUAUAUAUAUAGUUCCAUAUUUUACUGAUAUUCUCUUAUACUGUAUAGUACGAGUCCAUGUUGAGACAGUUCAACGAGGCUCUGGAAGCGGAGAGAAUGGAAAAACAGAAAAUGGUCACAGGUUUUGAACAGCAAAUGAACGAUCUGAACAAGGUAUUGACUGACAGUAUGUAAACCCCGUUUACACUUGCAAUUUUUGCUGCGAUUUUAGUUGCGAUUUUCUUUUGCUGAUGGAUGCGAACGAGUGAAUGAGUUAUUGAAUGUUGAGAUGAGAGUACACAUACUCAGAACAUUCAUAACUCAUCUACUCAUUCACAUCCAUCAGAAGAAGAAAAUCGCACUAUGAACGUUUUCAGUUGAUACAUUAUUUUUCAUAUUUCAGAAAAUUGUUGAGCGUGACAAAGUGUCCGAAAUACCAAGGGUAAGUAAAAUCAAGCAGAAUGUUUGCUUGUAUAGACCCAGUCCUGUUAUAUAUAAUUGCUUUUCUGAAACUUUCACCUCUGUUCAUAUUAAAUAAUUUUGUGUUUUUAAUUUAAAUCAAGGAUCACACAAGAGGUUUUUGAUAAUACUUUUAUUUUAGCUACGUUUCGGAUAGUUUACUAUCCGUCCUCAGGCUAACAAAUUGUUCUUACAUUUGACGUGUACAACUUUGUACACGUGAAAAGUUGUACACGUCAAAUGUAAGAACAAUUUGUUAGCCUGAGGACGGAUAGUAAACUAUCCGAAACGUAGCUAAAAUAAAAGUAUUAUCAAAAACCUCUUGUGUGAUCCUUGAUUUAAAUUAAAAACACAAAAUUAUCUGUUAUAUAUAGAUUAAUAGAUAUAGACCUAUAGACGCCUGACGCGCUAAUCAUAGUAAUUAUCUUCAUGGAUUUAGGGUAAACCUCCACAACUUCCGAAUACUGAUGAAGUUGGUAUGUCAUUCAAUUUUUCUCGAUUCUGGACCGAUUAGAAGAACAUCAAUACAAAAUCAUGAUCGUUUCUUUGUCUAGGUGCAUUCAGUCGUGAAAUUUCAAGACCUCUUUCAGGACAAGAGGAUUCUCAAGAAAGUUAGUAUUAUUUCACGAUGUGACAUGGCGGGCGUUAUUAUUUUUUCGUACUGUAUUUCCAAAGGCACAUUCGCGCGUCGCAAACGUCCGCGUCCAUGACUGUUUAGCCAAGAAAUCUAGUUGAUCUGAUAGAACGCAAACGAAGUGGGACUGAUGAUCAAGUAAAAAUCCAUUUUCAAAUUGCUCUAUACUACGUGACACGACGUAUUUGAGUGUAUUUCCAAAAUGGCCGUAGGCUUAUGCUCUCUGUCACUACAAUGGAACUUUUUUUGAGUCUGUUUUGCACUUUAGUCCGUUAUGCACUUUUUUAGUCUGUUUUACACCAACUAAUGCAAUACACUACUACAAUUUGCGUUACUCUCAUAUUCAAAGCUUUUUGUUCCAAGACCAAGCGUCCUCUGGAAUAGCCUAUCUGUCAAAGCUGUAAAUGCUACAUCCGUUCUAAAUUUCAAAAACUGUUAGACAAUCCUGAUUUUCUUCUAUUUUUCUGUAGUAUUGUGAGUAUUAGUUGUAAUCGACAUUGUGAUAGACAAUUCAGUCCCAUUAUGGACUAAUUUAGGCCGAAAAUGGUAGCAAUUUCCCCACGCAAUACAAAAGUAUAUAAAAUUUACAAAACUUGCAAGGCUACAGUAUAUUUUCCCCAUUUUACCAAACUUUGCAAUUUUACUUAUUUUAGUAUGCUCUUUCUAGCUGUGGUGAUUUAUUUGCAUCUCCUUGCCUAGUUUUAAAAUUAGUCUAUAAUGGGAAUUGUCUAUUGUACUAUGUAGAUAUUUCAGUGUGCACUGUGCAGGGCUCCACGGAAGAGCACAUUUUGUGAAAUGGACUCCGUGUGAAAAUAAAGUUUUAAUAAUAAUAAUAAUUCAUGUCUGUCUCUAUUCAAUCUCUAGGUGACAGCAUCACACUGUACGUUGCUUUCAAUGGUACCAACUAUCAAGUUCGUAGAAAUUCAUCAGCAUCGUCACGUGACUGGUCAGAUCAGUUCUCAUUCAACGCCUGUCUUGAACCGAACCAAACCUUCAAUUAUCCUAUUUAUGUCUUCUCUGCUGGUGGCUCCCCAUAUUGGCGGCAAUAUAUCUCGACUAACCCCUCUCCCCCUAGCGGUGAAUAUCGCACAGAUUACAUGUUCUAUGUCUCGUCAGUACCCCUGGUCAGAAGUAUUGCGUGUUAUGUCUUAGAAAGCGGAAGUGUUCCUGUCAUAAAGUCAUGUAUAUCGAAGACCGCACAAUUGACUGGAUGGAGAAGUACUGGAAUUGUUUUCUAUGCUAUGAAAACCACAAGAGCUGGCACUCCAACGAAACGUAAGUUUUGGUGUAAACGGUCAAAUGGUGUAAAGGCCCGUUUACACUUGCAAUUUCUGCUGCGAUUUUAGGUGCGUUUUCUUCUGAUGGAUGUGAAUGAGUGGAUGAAUUAUGAAUGUUCAGAUGAGGAUAUAUCACUGAGACAUAUACUCAGAACAUUCAUAACUUAUUUACUCGUUCACAUCCAUCAGAACAAGAAAAUUGCAAGUGUAAACGGGCCUUCAAGCCUUGGUCAAGGAUGAGAGUUGACGAGACUUGCAACUCUCGCUCGCGUUUGACCGCCAAUAGACCUUAUGUAUAAUGACGUCACAAGGCUUGAAGCCCGCGAGGAAUGCUGGUAUUAGUAGUCAUCGCCCGGGAAAAUUUCGAUAGUGGCCAUUUUGAAUUGUUUAAUUCAAACAAUUCUCAUCAACUCUCAUCAACUUUGAGCUGGUUCAAAUUUUGCUGUAACUCUCGUCAACUCUGAUGCAACGCUCAUGUAACUUGCGUCAUUUCUGUUUCGGUAACAUUUACAGCCUGUACUUUUUUGUAAUUGAGCAAUGUAGUUAGGAUUCAUUUAGUUCAUGAGCAAAUUUUUCUAGUUCGCCACCUUUGAGAAAUAUACGGUACCCGGAAGCCCUAAGCUCUGGUCUUCAUCUAAAACCUCUUGUUCUGCAGCUUUGAACAGAUCCGGAACAUUCAUGUCUGACACAGGAACUGAAGGAGACGAUGGCUCUGAUUCAGGUGAUCUUAAUUUAAUAAAUUGACACAGUUAAAAUUGAUCACUUUUGUUAAUUUUGAAUUUUUGUAUAACAUCUUUGGUUAUUCACUCUCUUGCGGCUAAUUUCGCUUUUUUCCUCACCCCCCUAGAUGAGGUAUCCGUGUCCAGUUUAAACACUGCAACAGAGAGUGCAAAGAAGAAUUUAGCAGAGGCAAUACAAAUGUAAGGACCACAGCUAUAAUAAUAUAAUUUUAUACAUACUCCAUAACUCUAUGAGUUCUAAACUGAUCUUCGUUUUUAUUCACUUCACUGUAGAAAUCGUUCAAAAGUUGAAGAACCACAACAGCGAUCUCUUCCUCCUCCGCCAGCUCCAGCUGAAGAUUCACCUGAUUCUGAGUAUGUUAUUACUAUGUACACAUUUGUUUAAACUUUCGUUGAAUAUCACAAGACAGCCAGAAAUUAAUAAGAAUCAUAUGAAAAUUAAAGCCCGGCAAAUGACUUUCAGACAAGACAUAACAGAAAUAUAAAAUUUAUUGGCUAACGUUUCGUUGUAUUGUUCACAACGUCUUCAGAACAAUAGCUCUGAAUAUGUUGUGAACAAUACAACGAAACGUUAGCCAAUAAAUUUUAUAUUUUUGUUAUGUCUUGUCUGAAAGUCAUUUGCUGGGCUUUAAUUUUCAUUUUUGAAUUAAGGAUCAUACGAGUGAAUCCUUAAACUUACCUUUCUAUGAACUCUUGAACUCGCCUUUCUAUAUUUCACAUAUACCAUGACUGUACCCCAUUUGUCUUUAGGAGUGACGACGAGCAAUCUGAAGAUGAUUUGGUAUGUCUGCACAGACUUUCAAAACACAGUCUUGUUAUUUCUUGUUAAUGAGUCUUGGGAUCGAUUCCACGAAUUUAUGAUCUUCUAUCUACAUAUAGGGUACGACGCUAGAAACUGGCACAUUCAGGCCAUUUGAGAAAUUUCCAGAAGUUACAAGUAAGUUAUUCGCAGCUCUGCAUGUCAGUCAAUGACAGUACUCGCACCGUUGUGGUCACCGCACUUGCCUUUCAAGCUGGGAGACAGGGGUGGAGAAAAUAGGCGAGCACACGAAAUGUUAAACAACUGCAGGAAAUUCGUUUGAAUGAAGAUUUGCUACUGAAAAUCUGAAGGAAACCUUAACACCCUUGUCCCACUAUGGGCGCAACAACAUAUGGUUGACAGACAUUAUUCUUUGAAUUUGAAACCAUGGUCAGCUAGAACACUAUAUAUUUAUGCACAUCAUGAUUUAGCACAAAAAUACUCCGUUGCUCUGCAGGAAAUAUUUGUCUCCAGGUUUUGCUCCCAGGAAGAAAAUUAUUUUUUCCUGCCCUGCUGGGAGCAGGGCCGCAGAGAGGGGGGCAGGGGGGAGGCAAAUUGCCCCGGGCCCCGAGGUGCUGGAGGCCCCUGAAAAUUUUUUGUUGGGCCCUGGAAAGUAAUUGCAACGUACUCGUGCGGAAAAAUUUUGUACCCCUAAAAUGGUACACUGAUGGUACUGGUACUGUUCUCCGAAAAAAAUUUUUCCGGAAAAAUUUUUUAGAUAGGAGCCCCUAAAAAAAAUUUGCCCCGGGCCCCUGCCAACCUCUCGGCGGCUCAGCCUGGGAGACCCGUGUUCAAUCUUUGGUCGCACCUCUACUCAAGGUCUUAGAAUAACUGAGGAGAAAGAGCUACCUUUACAUUGACAUCGGUAAAUGGUUAGACGUUCGCGUCUUCUUCGGAUAAGGAUGUUAAAUCAUAGGUAUCUUGGAUCCCCUAUCAAUUGGGAAUAGCUUGUUGGGAAGUUAGAAUCUCAAUUAAUUCAAAUAAACACGUAUUUCUCAUACAGCUCGCUACAAUCACAGACAAGACACGAUGGAAGAAUGCAAGCAAGAAGUGAGAGAAAUAUUUGAACAAAGUUUGGCGAAAAGAGGAAUUCAACCGGGAAGCAAGCGUUUGUCUAGCAAGCAGUUGGAGUCAAGAAUGGAGUCGUUGAGAUCCGAACAAGAAGGUCGAGCUAAGGUAGUGACUAGAACACUUUGUGAAGACACUUUGUCAGAUAUGCGAAGUUUUGGAACACGGAGAGCGUAUUUUGUUUAAAUAGAUCUUCUGCAAUGAAUGUAUUACGGUUUAGCUACUUGCUAUGCUGUCGUUAUCCAGCCCCUUUUAUAUACAGAACAUGUUUCCAAUGUACAUGAAACAUUUAAUAAAAAAUUUUGAUAUGUUUUCCCAAAAUGUUUCCCAGUAAGCUCAAAAUUUAAAUUAGUGGCUCUUAUGGCUUCGUUUUCAUAUACACUAAAACUUCGGUUGGUGUUUGUAUGUGGAAACAAGGGCAUAAGAGCCAACUUUUAUGCGUAUAAAUUAAUAAGAUGAUAUAAAGUGAAUCAAACCAUAUUUGUAGGUAUAUAUAUAAGUAUCAUCGGGUAAAGACCUACCUAAAAUGCUCCUGUUUUGUGAUUGGCUUUCAGAAACAAAAAUGAUCAUUGUUCGUGACUCGUUCUUUAGAAAAACGAUUUCUAUAGUUUUAUUGUCUUUCAUUGUUAUAAUCAACCAACCACGAGUCUGGAUAGUAUAGGUAGAUGAUGACCCGUAUCAUUCUUCAGCCUUGCCUUGAUAUCAGCUGAUAAUAUUAUGUUUUAGAAAUUCAAGAAUUUUAAGGAAAUAAGAAAAAGGAAAGCGGAGGAAGUUGACUCCAUGGCUAGAGAGAUGGUAAACUCGAAGAGACCGACGAGGUUUGGGGAUGAGUCACGAGGUAUGAUUGCAGCAAGAUUUUGAAACAUCCUCGUUCCCAGGGAAUUUUAUUAUCAUUACUCUGUGCCUUGAGAAUAUGAAUAUCUAGAAACGUUUAAUUUUCAGCCAUGCUGUCGUCAUUUUAUUUAAUCCACUGCCUUUAAUUACAGGUUCAUUUACACAGCGAACUACUCCAUUAAAGCCAUCGUUAAAGUCAGCGGCAAGCGCCAUUACUGCAGCUAGAGGAUUUGCAUCACGUGACCCGAGCUCAAGGAGUAUGCCUGCACAGCCUGCGUCAACAAGGUGAUUGCCUCUAAUUUUAUCUAAUGGUAGUUCCCAGCAAGCCAUAAGGCCCGCUUACACCUGCAGGUUUAAAGUGCGACUAUUAAACCACAAAUAUGAUUUUUGGUAUGUGUAAUAAACGUAGGUGGUUGUCCUUCAGUAGCAUUGUGUUUGAUGAAAGGUUGUUCAAUUGAGGCCAAUGAGCUACUGUUUGAAACGGCUAGUAUAUAAAACUUAUUUGAAAUUACAACAUUUAAUAAGAAUCUUAAAAAUUAUGAUCUGGUAUGGUAUGUGUAAUAUUUAGGUCAUUCAAGGAAGAAAUGAUCAACUUUUCCACUGUCAAAGUUUUCGGAUAUGAUGUCAUUAGGUGAAUUGCAAAUUAAUUUCCCUUUGUUUUUUGUACCAAAAAUUCACCUAAUGACAUCAUAUCUGGAAACUUUGACAGUGAAAAAGUUGUUCAAGAUGAGGUUUUUUACUAUAAAGAUACGUUCUUCUCAGAAUGACCCAAAUACCACAAAUACCGCAAAAUAUAUUUAGGGUUAGUCGGACAAUCAUCUACUGAUAGUGCUUGAGCGAACACAUCGAUUGAUGUGUUGUUAUAAUAAAAUGAAGUCAUCUCAUUUUACGACAUUUUAAUUCGGUUGUAUUUCUGUUAUAAGGCCACCAUCUAAUCUUGAGCGCAGUCCAUUAAAGCCUGAAGGAUCGUUUAGUGCGACCUCUGCCACUGACCCAUCAGAGAGUGUGUCGGAAGAAAGCAAACCGGAAGUAAUUAAUAGGCAGAGAGAACUGACGGAUGAAGGGUCUGACGAGGAUACUGAUUGGGAUUCAGCUUUGAGGUAUGGUCUUCACAGAAUGUCUCCCCCCCCCCUGAGAAGGUAUAUUUUCUAGGUAUAUUUAUUAGAUCUAGGAGGGGGUGGCAUGUGGGUAAUAGACGCCAUAGUAAGAGUGGGUGAAAGAUUGACCUAAGAGCUAUUCAGAAAUACUCUUUUUCUUGAUAAAGGCAAACUUAAGCUUCUAAAAUAUACUUCUCUUCAAAUAAAGAAAUACUCAUUGGCAAACUUAAAGGCAAUGCUUAACCUAUGAUAGUGCAAAUGUGCAACGCUUGCUAUUUUGAAAAUUUUGGUUUCUUUUACCUAUCCAUAACAUACCAUACCAUAUCAUACAGUACCAUGCCAUAUACCAUACCAUAUACAUACAGUAACAUAUCAUUACCAUAUUUGUUUCAGUGGUGAUGAGUCGCCUACCAGGCAGAUGGUUCCCAAAGUUUCUGUACAUAUUCCUUCGCAAAGGUCUCAGGUAAGCCCUGUACACAGGCACUUUGAAAGUCGGUUUAACCUCUUAUGUACAGUGUAUAAACGUACGUUCUUCACUAUUUAACUUACUAGGUACAAGAACUGGCAUCGAGUUUGGAGCAAAGUUUAGAAAGAUCAGCAGAGAUCAAGAAACCGGCUGGAGCCGUGGCUCUGAUUCAUUCAACACCUAAUACUGGGGCUUUAGCGCCUUCGAAAGUUGAAGUAAGUACUAAAAUAUGUAUAAGCAUCGUUCUUUUUGCAUACCCCGUUUAACGACGUGUGAUUUUUACAGGACUUUGAUGAUGACAGCGAUUUCUUAUCCAGUUCUCCAGAACCCGAGAGCAACCUUCAGAAACAGACUGGGUAUGUUAAUAUAUGUGGCUGUAACGUUAUUUAGUUUAUUUUUACUGGAUACCUCUAUCAGUUUUCAACUGUUCUCCGUGGAGCUAGACUUUAGUCUAAAUACCGCACCCUUAUUCGUCCCCUUUUUUGUUAGUGCCCAAAAAAACGCGCGUGCAGUGUUGAAAAUCACUCUUCUCUUUUCGCGUGCAGCUGCGGCGAAAUUAUAGUCAGAAAACCUCAUACUGAUUACUGUAUUGGCAAGAAUCAAACGCCAGACACAGAGAUAAAAGGCACUUGCAUUUACCACUAACACCAAUAAUGCUUAUUCCAUUAUUGCUCUUAUUAUAACCUGCAAUCAGGCGUUCUUGGGGGUUACUCUUAUUACGAAACUUAUAUCCCUGGUUCUUUUUUCAGAAACCUGAAGAAACCUGUACAAUCUCUUGGUAUGUGUGGAUAAUUCGUGUUAUAACUCUUGUCUUUGUGAAUUUGUGCAGUCAUUAUACGGACUAGCACAUGCUGGCAAAAGUAUACAUCUUUCAAUUCUAUUUAUUUCUCUCCAAAUGCAAGACUACUAUACCUAUAAUGAAAAUAAUUCUAUCAUUUUAUCACUCUGAUAACUGCUGCUUGACAGUGGCGUAACCUUCUGCUAAGGGCCCCCGGCUUUAACUCGGAUAGGGCCCCUGGUCCUGCCUAUUUAAAGUGGCGACGGGGGGGGGGGGUAAAGAAAAAUAUGCAAAAUGUGCUGAAAUACAUCAACUUCGCUUGAGCCAGGCAGCGCCCAAAGAAGUUGCGCCACUGCUGGUUGACCACUAGCUGCUGCACGACAGUGCUUAUAGUGAGGUCCAUCUAUAUAACCACAUGAAGCAUUUCUUAAGUCUGCAGGGUUUUACACUAUCAAAGUUUCUGUGAACACAGUAGGAAUUUUGCACAGGUAAAUUUUAAGUUUUGAAGGAUUUGUAAGAAAUGUUUGAGGGAACUGACUUAGUGUUCAAGAGAGAGGUUCUUACAAAUUCUUUAAAAUUUACCUAUGCAAAAUUCCUACUGUGAUCACAGAAACUUUGAUAGUGCAAAACCAGUCUUUAUGUUACAAUUGCCGUUCUAUUUCCAGGAACUAACGAUGGUAGGAAACCUGUGGUGGAGGCCUCGCCCAAGAAAGGUGUCAAGUUCAAAAUGGAUGACUUCAAUGACUUUGACGAUAGUGAUUUGGAUAUUGAAAACAUAUCAUAGGAACCGGAAUGGUAUUUAUUAUUUUUAAUAUUGUACAUACUGUAUAUGUGUAAGUAUACUGUGAUAAAAUCGUUCUAUAUGAC